AGGUCAGGAUCGGAAAGUCAAUACUUUUCGCAAUUUCUUGCUUGCAUUACAGACAUCAUCUUUUUGUGAAAAUUGAUUUACAUUGAAAGCAAUAAUUGACUAUCUAUAGUUUCGAAAAAUAUUUUACUUGUUUUACAGUCUUUUAUUAAUCUAGUAUAAUUUAUUUUCAUCAAUUUAUUAUCUAUAUUACCGGCAAGCGGCGCCGCCCCCGCUGCAUCGGAGGGGUCGGCGAUGAGUAAUACCGUUCGUUUCUCGUGCUGAGUGACGUCGUGCAGCCGCGGCCGGCAAACGGCUUGCAGACCGCAGUACGAUACGGCGAGGACACACGACAGGACCCGCCCUGCUCUCCGCGUUCGCCAGCUUCUCACACUCGCGCUCCUCCCGCACUCUAUCGAUCUCUCUCGACACCGGUCUUUUUAUAUUGCACAUAAGGAACCAUGGAUAGCGCUGACGCCCUCCUCGGGGGUCUCGCGAGCGGAGACCCCGCACCGGCCACGGAUGCGCCGCCAGUGGAGCCCGCCAUGAAACGUGAUCAGGACUCGACAGAUGACUUCGAGCACCUCGAACGCGAAGGCAAGCGGGAGUCCGCCGAGUCGCCACAUCGCCAGCCCGCUGCUGCGGCCACGCGAAACUUCCUCGACAUGGAGCGAGAGCUGCUCGCGGAGGCGCCUCGUGCACCCUCCGCCUCUGCAGAUCAUAUCGCCGACAAGUUCACAGACAGCGAGUCUGACGCGGACACAGCAGGCGAGUCGCCCAUGCACCGCGCCGAUCCCCGGCCCGAGGCAGGGCUGGCUGCCACCCUUACGCCAGAGCCACCGCAUGAUCCAACGCCUGUUCUGGCGCCCGCAGCGGCGCCUGGUCCAGCACCAGUGCCGGCUCCCACUGCUCCGGUGGCACCUGAAAAGCCUUUGCCUGAGGAACCCAAGCCCCCAGCGACACCAGAGCCAGCACCUGAGCCCCCGAAACCAGAGCUUCCCAAGCCAGAGCCCGUGAAGUCGGAGCCGGCCGCGCCUCCGAAGCCAGUUGCUCAGGAGGCCAAGCGCCCUGUGGCGCAUGUCAUUGAGGCCGAAGUCAUCUUUUGCCAGAUGGGACUCGAUGCCUGGUUCGACCCGCAGAGACUGCACCCCGAAGUGGAGUCGCUGAUCUACUGGCGGUCGGCGGCGCACAGCGGCGCGGCCCUGGGCGCGGGGCUGGCGCUGCUGGUGGCGCUGGCCUGCUGCUCCGUGGUGUCGGUGCUGGCCUACGCCUCGCUGCUGGCGCUCUCCGCCGCCGUCGCCUUCCGCAUCUACAAGAACGUGCUACAAGCCGUACAGAAGACUAAUGAUGGACACCCCUUCAAAUGGCUGCUGGAGCGCGACGUGAGCGUGCCGGCGGAGCGCGCGCAGGCGCUGGCGGCCGCCGCCACCGCGCACCUCAACGCCGCGCUCGCCGAGCUGCGCAGGUUGUUCCUGGUGGAGGACCUGGUGGACUCGCUGAAGUUCGGCGUGCUGCUGUGGUGCCUCACGUACGUCGGCGCCUGCUUCAACGGCAUCACGCUCAUCAUACUCGGCUGGAUAGCGCUGUUCACGCUGCCGAAGGCGUACGAGAUGAACAAGGCGCAGGUGGACGCCAACCUCGAGCUCGCCCGCGCCAAGAUCAACGACAUCUCCGCCAAGGUGCGGGCGGCGGUGCCGCUGGGCCGGAAGGCGGAGAGCGACAAGGAGAAGUGAGCGCGAGGCUGCACGCGAGCGCUCUGUACUUCACUGUUUGUUAUAUUUAUUAUUAUGUACUAUUAAAGAUAACUACUUUACGUGUAAAGCUUUAUGAGACGAGUCAUGCGGAGAUUAUUGUAUUUGCUUUUUGAAAUUUUAAAUUAAAAUAACUGUCGAACCGA